UAUUAUUAUAACCACGAUAAUUUGUCAUGUUGGGUUAUUUUAAAAAUGAGAUAACAAUCCAACAAACAGGGUUAAAUCAGAACUCGCGGAGCCCAUUUAAAUUGUAACUGUCGUAACAGGAGCUUCAAAUGGAUUGUAACAGGUGCAUGCGGUGCAUUAUUCUGAAUUCUUUAAACGCUAUCAGCCAGUCUUAGUCCUUUGUUAAGGUUCUUGACAGGUCCACGCGCCUUUUAAGCCAGUGUACAGUGAAAGUGCAGGCUUAUGUCUGAGUGACUGUUGCGGAACAGGGCUCUUGUAGCGAGGCUUUUUCAGCACCACGGGGAUCGAGCGACCCUGUCCAUGCCGUUCCUCCCGCCGCCUGCAUAAUUAAUCCACAAAGAACUCGUUCCAUUCUCCGCCCAGCCCUCGCGCUAUUGGCUGAGUGCUAAUCUACUUCCUGAUUUGCUGCUGUCAGUCUCGAUCCAAAUAAAUAGUAAUGUACCUGUACCAGCGUGCACAGGUUGCCAACGAAGACUACGUUUCCGCUUUUAAGGUCCUGAAGACUGGGACCAACUGAGUGAUUUUGUUUGCGACACAGGCAUCUAAAAAGCCUCACGGAAUUGCCCGUGUUUUCUACAAAAAGUUUUGAAAUGAAUCUGAACUACACAUCUCCGCUCCCCCAGAUGCCGACUCAAAGGUCAACGUCGUUCUUCAUUGAAGAUAUUUUACUACAUAAGCCUAAACCUUUGCGAGAGGUGUUUCCCUCGCCCUUUUCAAACUCUCUUGCCUCCCGGAUGCCUCUUUUAGAGUAUGGAUAUCCCCUUAUGCCUACACCGAUCCUGGCUCCUCAUCCGCAUCAUCCACUACACAAACCUGAACACCAUCCGUACUUUUUCGCGUCUGGAAUGCAGAUGCCUGCGUUAUUUCAGCAUCAUCCGGAAUUACCAGGGAAGCACUGUAGACGCAGAAAGGCCAGAACAGUGUUCUCAGACUCACAGUUAUCAGGACUCGAGAAAAGGUUCGAGAUCCAGAGAUAUCUGUCCACACCCGAGCGCGUGGAACUGGCUACGGCGCUCAGUCUAUCGGAAACACAGGUAAAGACGUGGUUUCAGAACCGGAGGAUGAAGCAUAAAAAACAGCUGAGGAAAACACAAGACGACCAGAAAACCCCAAAUGAUGUAGACAGAUCGCUGGAGAACACGAGCGAGAGCGAAAUGCACGAGAAAAGUACAGACGGUAAAAACGGCAUGAGUCCGGACAGAUACACGCUGGACGACAAUGAAGAUGAUGUCGAUAUUGAAGAUGACAUUUGCUCUCCUGAACAUUUACUUUAGUAUUGUCACCCUCAUGAACA